GGGGGUUAUUGAGGGAGACAAGCCUGAAUAAUUUGUGCACUGUAUGCAUAUACCUGUAAUUUCCUUCUGACAUAUUAUCCAUUUAAUGCGUUCACGAUGCCUGGGAUGAUGGAUAAAGGUUCGGAAUAUCUUGGGAAAGGGAGAUCUAAUGGGACGAAAAGCCCCUCAAACGCCUCGAAUGGACAUUUUUCGGAUGAGAGUGGCAGUGACGACGAGCACGAUGUGGGUAUGCGAGUUGGAUGUGAUUAUCAAGCAAACAUUCCCGAUUACGACCCGGGUGCGACGAAAUACACCGAUAAAGACGUUGGUGGGAUGUUAGUGUGGUCUCCUUACCAUAGUAUUUUGGAUACGAAAUUGGACGAAUACAUCGCCAUUGCCAAAGAGAAACACGGAUACAAUGUUGAGCAGGCUCUCGGCAUGCUCUUCUGGCACAAACACAACAUCGAGAAGUCCCUCGCGGAUCUUCCUAACUUCACCCCCUUCCCUGACGAGUGGACUGUUGAAGACAAAGUUCUGUUCGAGCAGGCCUUCAGCUUUCAUGGGAAAAGUUUCCACCGGAUACAGCAAAUGUUGCCAGAUAAGUCGAUAUCCAGCCUGGUGAAGUACUACUACUCAUGGAAGAAGACGCGUUCCAGGACCAGUCUGAUGGACCGGCAGGCUCGGAAGCUGGCCAACAGAAACAACCAGGAGGAGAGUGAUGAAGAAAUGGACGACGCCAAUCCUAUUGAAGCGAAUGACAGUGACUACGAUCCGACUAAAGAGACUAAGAGAGAGAGCCACGCAGAAACUCAGAGCCACUCGGAGACCCAGAUGAUGACGUCGUCCAAGGUGGGGCUGGGCCGCCGGGACCACCAGACGCUGCAGCACCGCCACCACUCGCAGCGCUCCAAGUGCCGCCCCCCCAAGGGCAUGUACCUGACGCAGGACGACGUGGUGGCCGUCUCCUGCAGCUCCAGCGCCGCCAACACCGUCCUGCGGCAGCUCGACAUGGAGCUGGUCUCCCUCAAGAGACAGGUUCAGAAUUCCAAACAGCUGAACAGCAGUCUGAAACAGAGGAUGGACAUUGGCAUUGAAGAACUCCGUCUACCAGAGGCGAACCAGAAAGUCAACGCACGGUGGACCACCGACGAGCAGCUUCUUGCGGUGCAAGGCGUGCGCAAGUACGGCAAGGACUUCCAGGCCAUCGCGGACGUGAUCGGCAACAAGACGGUGGGCCAGGUGAAGAACUUCUUCGUCAACUACCGGCGCCGCUUCAACCUGGAGGAGGUGCUCCAGGAGUGGGAGGCGGAGCAGGGCACCAGCGGCCCGCGCGGCCCCAACGGGGUCGGAGACUCCUCCUCCUCCUCCUCCUCCUGCACCUCCUCCACCGGCCUGGGCCUGGGCCACCUGGGGGCCACCGGCGACGACACCAAGAACAGCUCUAGCACGCCCUCCGUCAAGAGCACCGACGAGGAGGAGGAAGAGGUGACUCCUGCCUCUGGUCCAUCUCCAGUGUCCCAGUCCUCUGCCACGGCUCAGCCACCCUCCUCCUCCACCACCACCACCAGCAGCAGUGGCGGCCCGACCUCCCUCCACCAGCCCCCUCCCCUGCUGCGCCCCUCUUUACCCGCCGCCCCCGCCCUCCACCGCCACCCGCCGCCCCUCCAGCAGCAGGAGCGCUUCCUCCAGCCUCGCCCCACCCUCAACCAGCCGCCUCCCCUCAUCCGGCCCUCCUCCAACCCCUUGCCUCCCCGCCUCAACCCCCGGCCGGCGGCGCCUGCCCCCAUCCAGGCGGCACCCCCGCCACUACCCUCCUCCUCCGCUUCCUCCUCCUCUUCCUCGUCUGCCUCGGUCACAGCCAGCGCCCCCCUCCAGCAGCAACAGGCCCCCACUCUCAUGGGCGUCCACGCCCAGCCGGAGACACCCACGCCGUCUCUGCACUGAGCCAUGCUUCUAUGAGCCUCGGACACUAGACCUAACCCAUCCGCCAGAAUAGAUUUUUGGGGGAUUUUUUGGGUGUUUUUUUGCCUGGUGGGUUGGUCUUGCCUUGCACCAUAGGGGAUGAUGGUAGCUGGGCUAUCCAUGAAUAUGGCCUGGCUCUGUGUCCUCUACUUUACAACACUCUGUCCAGUUUUAAAUCUCUGUAAUAGUGAGUCAUUGGGAUGGGCUUUAGCAAUGCUGACUUUGCCUAUGGUGCGAGCCCAGACUAAACAUUUCAUGUUAUAAGUCUGGUUUGGCUGGCUACACUCCUAUCUCACUCCCACGCCAAGUCCACAGGGGCCUAGUCCGGAGGUGAGAGGAACAGAGAUGCUCUUUUAUUCAUAUCUCUGAGAAUAUCUGGAUGUAUUCCGUUUUUUUAUUUAUGGCAAAACAAAUGUUUGCUGGGCAUUACUAGCCAGAUACUGAGGGUGUUUUUUGUUUGUUUUUUUGACCUCCGCCAAGGAGGUGAGGUGAUGUUUUCUUUUCUUUGUUCUUCCUUGAGCUUGUUGUUGAGAAGAUAUAGACAUGUUAACCUGUAGUUUUAUUUAUUUAAACAUUUUAAAAUGUAAAUCAAAAUUAUGUUAUGAUAACUUAUAAAUGAUCUGUUUGUGUAUUUCAUGUUUCUUGGGAGUUUUAAUGUGGUUGAAAAUAACGCAACUGAGGUUUCACACAGAUUUUUGUUGGCCCUAUUUUUUGUUUUGUUUUUUUAGAAAAGUACUUUCAACAUCAGACACCAAAAUGUUAAGGGCCAUCUGACUCGUUCUUGCGUUGUUUUUUGUCGUUCCUUGUGUAAAAUUCUGAACCUAAGCUCAGUGAUUUUUAGAUUUGUUAAAAAUUGCUCAUUUGUGAUUUGUAUAUAGAAGCAUUUAUUUAUUUUUGUACCUGGUGCUAUGGACUCUUCUUUGGUUUUGUCGAAAUUGUGGCAUAACUGAAAACUUUCAAAGUGCUCUUAAAAGACUAAGACGGGAAAAUUGUUCUUAUAACUUGGACAUGUAAAAAUAAGGAGGAUGAACACAGAAAGUGUUGCUAUUUAAUCGGCUGUGUAAAACACGGCAUGGAAGAUUUUGAAGAUCGGUGUUCUAAAAUGGAUGAAAAAAAAAGGUCAAAGCAUCUCAAAGCAUUUUGUACUCAUGCCUUCAGAACUGCAUCGUCAGUGUUUUGCUUAUUUCAAGGGAGAAAAAUGCUGUUCCCUGUUAUAUACCACUCCUGUGAUUGGUGAAUUACUCAUUUUAAAAGGUUUGUAAUUUGUCUGCAAUUGUAGUGCAAGGGUUUGCCAAGAAAAGGUUCAUUUUGCCAGUGAAGCUAUGUAGUGAAUCACACACUUGUAUUUAACACUGCGUGUUAGUAAACAACACAGCUUUUAUUUUCACUAUUUAUUCCUUCGGAAAUUGUCCCCAUGUUGUGACGCAGCUGUUUUUUAUGUACUUUUUUAUUGAAAAUGUCCACUUUUUAUCUCUUUCUCUUGCAAGUGUGUUACUGUUGUGUUUUCUGUUGGCCUCUGACCUGUUUUAUUUAUUUUAUUUUUAUUUGUCACUAUCGUUUACAGUUUCAUCAGCACUACAUACGGAACUUAAUUGCCUGGUUGGCAAUUCUCCAUGUUAACCAAAUCUUAACUAUGGACCUGUUUGACUUCAAGGCAUCUAUGGACUGUACAUGUUAUGUGCCAUCCCCCUUUACUCCUCCCUUUACUGCAUAUUUAAGUUCAGCUAACUCACCGCUUCGCUUGAUUAUUAUUACUUAAUUAUGUGGCAUGCACUGUAAUGAAAAGGCUAAUUGUUUAGUUCUUGUGGAAUUGCAUUGUAUUGUAAUGUACCAAGCUGAGUAAAAAUGGGGGGACAAGAGAUCCUAGCUACUGUACACUGAAAUAUACCGAUGUAUAAACCCCUUUUUAUAAAAAUAAAAAAAAUGGGGGGGUGGGUCGACAAACCUCAUUGCCAACGACUCCCCUCUUAGUGAUGAGACAUUAGAAAAUGCAGUGACAAACCGUUUGGAGACCUGUUUGUCAUAUUGACUUCUUGGGCACUUGCACAUGACGUUGCUUUUUAUUCCGGGAUAUUGUAUGUCUGCAUGUUAUUAUAGGUAUAUGAAGCUGUCAUGCUGGUAACGUGAGUAAUUUUACUGUAUCACAGAAUGUUAUACUAUUACUUGUCACUGAGCAACUGAGAAUUAAAAACGGGUACUCAAGUACUCAUUGGUGCCUAUUAAA